GAAGCACUGAAGACGCAGACGAGAAGGGAGAACCACUGAAUUUUUAAAAUGGUGAACGCCAUUUCAACGGAAAAUUGCGCGCUUUAUUUUAUGUAUAAGUAAACGAUUAAGUGAACGAAUGGCACGCAUAACUGAGGUAAAGUUUGGAGACUUGCAGGUACAAAAACGGUAUAAAGAAUUAGAACGAGAAUUAAAACUGGCUUCUCUUAGACGGAAUAGUACCACGAAUAAAUCGUUACCACCUUUCUUAUCUCAUACAUCUAAUAAUUAUGUAGAUUCAUCCAACUGUGCUGCUAAUGAUAAUGAUAUUGUUUCUUCGAGCAAAAAUUUGAAAAAUAUAUUUUUAAGGAAAGGAUUAAGUACACAAAACGAUACUCAGAAAAAUUGUCUUAUCAUGCAGCCACCUAACAGUCAUGUAAUUCCUCGUACUUCUAAAAAAAGGAAUGAUACAUUAACACACAAUGCAAAAGUUUCUCCAAGAUCACAAAACAACCGUAUUCCUUCCUACCUGGAAUUUAAUAGGAAGAAACAAAAUUUUGAACUUUCUAGUACUACUAAACAAUACACUGAUUCUGUUAAUCUUUCACAAAUUAGUGCUGAUGAUUCACAAGUAAAGAAUGUUAAAAUUUUCAUAAAAUGGAAAGUUAUGUUAACUGAACAUGGUCAGUUAGUUAUUAAAGGAAUGUCACCAUGUAAUAAAAUUUGUCAAAGUAAACCUAUUGUGAGAAAAUUAUCAAGUAUUAGUGUUGAAUCAGUUGGCAAAGACUUGUACUAUAUACAGGGAAAUAUUGUUGACGAUGAACAUGAAUUACCAGAAUAUGUUAAGGGCAAAUUUUAUAAUGGAUUUCCUGAUGACUGGGAAAAUGUUCAUCAAAUUUGGAGAAUAUUUGUACAACAAGGAUGUAGAGCAUCCUUUCGUUGGCCUACCCCUAUUACAGACAGUGAUGAUGAUUUGAAAAGUGAAUUAACAGAUCUUACAUAUCAACAUUUUGAAGAUUCUAAACAAGAAGGGUCAAACUUAGAAUCUUCUAAAAAAUCACAGUUGUCUAUACCUUAUUCCGAUGUUUCAUUAAGUGUUUCACAGUGGGUAAAUGAUGGAACUUUUAUUUUGAAUAAUUGCGAGAAAAAAGAUUCAUUUACACAAACAUCACUUAUUGGUACAACUGAAAAUUUGUUUUAUCAUGUUGACACUGAUACUCAAUUGAAUUAUUAUAUGUGCAAUGGAGAAUGUAAUAAAAACCAGGAAAAUGCAAAUGUUAAGUAUUUUGAUACCAAAAAUAAAGAUAAAUUAAAGGAAAAAUUAAAUAUUAUUUUAAACAAUUUGUUGGAUAAAAGCUCUCCUACAGAGUGCAUGAAUGAAAUUAUUGAGAUAGCCAAAUUUUUCAAUUAUCUUGUAUCAGAUGAAGAUAAUGAAUUCAGUACAGAAGAUUUAAAACUAAAGAAUUACAGAAGUGAGCACAAUAAAAAAACAACUCAUAAAUCUGGGAAAUCAGAAUCGGUUUCGAUGAUAAACGAUAUAAUACAUAAUAAAAACACGACCAGUAAUUCAAUAAUUAAUCAUAAAUGCAUUUCAAAAGAAGAUAAAAUUGUACGCAAUAAAAUUAUAAAUAACGACGAACUGUUACCAAAAAAACGGACUUUUACAGAAAUGAGUAAGGAUAAUGAUAAUGAUGAUAGUUUUGAGAAUGAAAAUGAAGUUUAUGCAGGAGUUCCUAGAAUACCAGUGGAGCGACUAUUACAAAAGAGGGAAGCGUUAAAACCUCAUAAACGUAAAAUAAAAAAAAGGGCACAUGAAAAAUACGAUGCUACGUGUAAACCACGUGUUUCAAAUAUAUUCUCAGCUGAACAUUAUAUUGAUGGAUCAAACUCUACACAGAUGAAUAACAUACAUUUUGACGAUUCUACUAUUGAUACUAAAAAAUAUAAAAGAUGUUUUCCAAGCGCAAAAAGAAGGUGUAAUAAUACAAAUAUUCAAAGUAAAAUGAUCAAACCUAUCGAUUUCGAUAUUACUGAAGUAGAACAGUCGAACAGACUGAAUAAUUUCAAUGAAAGUAAAAAUAUGCACGAAGUACAAAAAUGUUCCAAACGAAAAAAUUCAACGCCAAUACACAAAUCUAUUAACAAUUUUUGCAAUUCUUUUGAUGAAAUGAAAAAUGAAAAAUCUAGGAGUACAUUAACUGGAAACUAUACAAAUACAGGAAACGAAACAACUUCUGCUAUGGAAAUUGUUAAUGAAAAGAAUGAUCAACAUCACAAUUAUACAUAUUGCAAAUCAUCUACAGAAUCCUUGUGUCAUAGCACUAAUAAAAUUGCAAAACCUACAAUAAUUAGCUCGGUACCUAUGAACAUAGAAAUGAGCGAUUUUGAAACAAAGUAUUCUUUACGAAAACAAAAAACAGUUGCAGCUAAGAAUGAAGAUAAGGGUACUAAAGAUUUAAAUAAAGAAAAUGAAACUAGCAAUUUGAUACAGAAAAAGUCUCCUACAAAAUUUCAUGCUACCAGACAGGCUGAUGCAACUUUCUUAAACAAUAGUAAGAAAGAUUUAGAAAAACAUGUUGAAGAUCAGCUAGCUAAUGCAGACUCUACUACUUUAAACGUGUCUCCUCGGUCUAAUCUGAAAACUUUAAAAGAUAAUCAUCAAGAUACAAGGUAUUCUAAACCGAAAUCACUAACUGCUUGGAUACCGAAAGUAUUAUACAAGCCAGAAUUAUCCUUAAUUUUCAAGGGCACAUUGUUAAACAAUGUUGGUCACGUUCUGCGGAAAAACUUUCAAACGAAAACCGUUCUUCGUCGAGUAACAGCAAAACUGAUAGAAACAGUGGAUCAUGAAUUCUAUGAGUUAAUUGGCGAUUUAAAUGAUACAAAACAUGUUAUACCUAAACAAUUGAUAAAUCAUUGUCGUUAUGGUUGUCCAGCCAGAAUAGAUCAAUUUUGCAGAACCUGGAAAUCAUUACAAAAUAAUGAUGAUAGUACAGAUGAUAGUACAGAUGAUAGUACACUUGAUUUGAAUAAUUCGUCCACGAAUGUUGUAAAUGUCGGCAUAAGUUCGAAAGGCAGGAGAAUUAUGCGCCCAUUAAAUUAUUGGACUGGAGAACGCAUUACAUUUAAAAAUGACAUUCCAGUAUACUCUCCGUAUACAAGUUUUAAAAAAAAAUCAGUUGUUGAAAAUACAAGUAAUAAGAAACGAAUUGACAAUAAAGUAUCUAAAAAAUUUGUAACGAAACAUAAAAAAGGGAAAGAUGUACGAACGCAAGAAUCGGAUCACUCUAGUGAUAGUGAAAACGUUUCCCCUCGCAAGAUGCAAAGAUUGAUUAAACAAACACCAUCUAAAUCUGUAAAUAUAAAUAAUAAACAGGCUGCACAUUCAACAAACAUAGAAAAUUCGCAUGAACCACAUCCGAGGCUCGAUAAAACGAAAUUGACCAAAACAUCGACGAAAGCCAACUUGGACAUCUCAAAACAAAUGUUUCAGAGACCUAAAGGCUCAUCUGGAAAAUAUGACGUAAUAUGUACAUAUUAUAAAGGUAUUUCAUCUAAAGACGACGUACUAUCCGACGAUUUGGAUUCACGGGUAUAAAAUAACAUUCCCUAAAAUAAUUUUCAUUUAUACAUUAUAUUUGUAUGCUUCAUCGUAUAUUUGAUAAUUAAAGUAAUCCUAUUAUAGUUUUUAAUAAAAGAGAUUAAAAUGUGUG